AUGGGUAAAUGGAUGUCUUCGCCCGGCGAGCGGGUAUAUACGACCGUCUCCCUGUCGUCAAAUCUGUCCCCCGCCGCUGUCAGAGUCCUUCGACAGCGCCGAGACUCAUCCUCAUCACCGUACACCACCUUCGAGUCGGAUACAAUGCUGAAGCAAUUAAUCGUCGUCCGCCAAGUGGUGACAUACGAUCUCCGUUCGCCGACCACAUGCCUCGCCAUCCCACGACUCGCAGGCUCGUCCACGAAUGAGAAGUCCCCUACGUCGCUCCCUCGUCCUUGCCAACCACCUCAUCAAUCUCUGAAGCGAUGUAUUCUCGUCCGCCGAGCAGGGAUAUACGCCCUCGAAGCCUCCGCUCGCACUCAAGAACUCGCUGACACCGCCAUCGACUCAGCAGCACCAUCUUCGUCGCGCAAACCCGAGCAUCAGACCCCCAGCGCUAUCUGCACGUCAUCGACGCUCCCAGCAUCGUUAUUCCCGCCGUGCAAGCUCAACGACCUUCGCUUCACCUUGAUGACUCUUGGGCGACUGUGGCUUCGCCGCAACUACUCCUCGUUGACUCUCGCGUGUCGGAUUCAGCCCCGAUGCUCUCCCGUCGAUUCAAGCGCUGAAGCAAUAGAAUUCCGUCCGGCGAGCGGGGUAAUAAGUCAACUGCCAUGCCUGUCCUCCCAAGGCAAUCGCCUCGCCUCCCCCGAGCGCGACCUUGACCCUCGCCUUCGCUCUGAAGCAGGCCCUUCCACUUUGCCCGCCAUCCUCGCUUCCGCUUCCGCUCUCGAGCUCGUCAUUCACCCUCGCUUUUCGCUUCAAGCGCGACCCCUCUAUGAAUCUGUCUCGCUUCGAGCUUCCCGUGCUCACCCUGAGCCAUUUAGCGCUUACGCCAAGCUGCCCAGCGCUCACCCCAAGCUUCCCGGCACUCUCUUCACCCUCCUAGAUCUCCCCAUCAUCGUCCGUCGCCUCCCGAACGAUCUCAUAACGCCCGAAUCCCUCCGAGCGAUCUACGAAGGCCCCCGAGUGAUCUACAAAGCCCCCCAAUUAAUAUGUCCAUGGAUCUUUGUCCGCCGAGCGAGGUGA